CAAAUAUCAUGAACAUCGAGUUUAGGAUGUGGCCAUGUGACUUUAGUAAAUUGUGUUAUUUGACACUGUAGCAGCAACAGCUGUUAACGACGUCUUUUCUCUUGCGCCAGACACGGAUGUAUUUCAUUACACAUUUCUGAGUUUGUGGGAAGACGAGGGAGGGGGUCGAAAGCGUCCCUAUAUCUCCUCUAUGAAACAUUCAGCAGCAUGUGACACAAGACAUUCCUUCAAAGGAGCUUUUGAUUUCAUGGACACUUCUUAAAAUAUCCUUUAAUAAAGCUUUUAUCGACAAUGACUUCAAAGCAGAGAUAUAUUAAAUCUCUCUCACACACACACACACACACAUUCAUGCAUGUGCAGUAAGGCAGCAUAUAAAUGUCUGGUUCUCCCGCCAUAUGGAUUUAUGUGACAUUAUACUAAAGCACAAUGCAAUUUUGCAUUAUUUUCUUAAUGGAAAACAACAUGCCCAAUUGGAAACAUAACAAACAACAUUAUCUGUGAUAACUGUUCAAAGUUGCCAGUCCUUCAAAAAGGACUUGAUAUUUCCUAUUUCACUUAAUUAAUAGGCAAAACACAGCACCAGGUGCAAGUACAAAGCCCCUCUCACCCUGCCCCACCGCCCCCACCCCCCUCACAUCUGUGGUCACAAUGGAAAAACUUAAAAAAAGUUUUCGUACCACAAAAAUUCCCGACAAUGUCAAUGAUGGAUUUGAAACAUUGGAUGAAUAUCGGGCCCGCUGGCGAUCUGUGCGUAUUAUAUAUUUCACCAUGUUCCUGAUGUCGCUUGCCUUCAGUAUAAUUCUCACCGGAAUAUGGCCAUAUUUGAAGAAGCUAGAUCCAAGCGCCGGCAAAGAGUUUAUGGGUCUUAUUGUGGCUGCCAAUCCCUUGGGUCAAAUGAUAUUUAGCCCCCUGUUUGGCUGGUGGAGCAAUAAAAUACAUUCCAUCCGAAUACCCAUGAUUUGUUCCCUUACGCUCUUCACAGUGGCCAGUGCCAUGUAUUCAUCGCUGGAACUAAAACCCGACAAUGUGAAAUAUUGGAUGUGGGCAUCGAGAUUUCUCAUUGGUGUCAGUUCGUCAAAUACGGCCGUGUGUCGUUCGUAUCUGUCGGAUGCAACACGUCUCAGUGAACGCACAAAUGCUGUGUCGAUGAUAUCGUUGGCACAAGUUUUGGGUUUCAUCAUUGGUCCGGGACUGCAGGCUCUGGUUACGCCCUUGGGUUCGGAUGGCAUACAAUUGUUUGGUGGCGGCGUCGUUUUUAACAUGUACACUGCACCGAGUUGGAUUAAUGUUGUGAUGAGUAUUGGAAAUCUAAUAAUGUUUAUGCCGGCCGUAUUUGAGGAACGUAGAGUAGCCGCCCGUGAAAUUAUGAUAAUGCAGGGAAAAACAUCUGAAAAAGAAACCUGGAAAUCCAUUAAACCCGACUAUGUAUCGGCUUGGACCCUGAUUGUGGCAUUUUUUGUGUUGGUUUUCAAUUUUGUUUUGCUGGAAACCUUGGGCACAUCCUUAACCAUGGAACAAUUCGCCUGGUCCAAUGAACAGGCCGUACACUAUAUGGGAAUACUGAUGUCCGUUGGAGCCAUUGUGGCGCUAAUAACAUUCGUUGCCAUCAAUCCGCUGUGUAAAUUUUUUCCCGAAAAUCAAGUUUUGAUAUGGGGUGGUUUCUCGCUGAUGGUAUUGGGACGGGUGCUCUACAUACCCUGGGGUGAUGGUCCACCGAAAGUUGCCGAAGUUUAUAAUGUAACAAUACCGCUGACGGGCAAUUCAACAUUGGAUUUAACACCGGAUGAUGAGAUAUUUUUGGGUUGUCCACGAACCCAGCAAUGGUGUGAAAUCACACCAGCUCUAACAUUGUCCCAGUUCAUAAUUGGUUAUGCCUUUACAUCGAUUGGUUACCCCAUUGGGGUAACAUUGAUACAGACCAUAUUCUCCAAAGUGUUGGGGCCCCGACCUCAGGGUGUGUGGAUGGGUUUGAUGACAGGUUCCGGCUGUUUGUCUCGUGUUAUGGGCCCGGUAUUCGUUGGCUCGAUUUAUACCCGUCUGGGUACCUAUUGGACAUUUGGCUUGACCUCAGUUAUGAUGUUGGUUUCAAUGAUUUGGUUAUUACUUUCCCGAAAACGUUUAAUACCGCCCAUCUAUGAUACAGCCACGGCUGCGGCGGAUCCGGUGGAAUUGAAAGAUCUCAAAAAGACAGACAUUGAACAAAAUGGCAUGAGUAGCGUGGGGGCGGCGAUAGCAACUGGUAACCUAUCGACCCUGCCGUAUAUUGACGAGGCGGAAGCAACGGAUGAUAAACAAAUUGGAGUUUCCGCCGAAGGUCACGAAGAAAUGUCACAUUUAUUAAAUGCCAAAAAUGCAACAAUUGUGGCAAUUGGACGAUCAAGUGAUACUUAAGUUUUUUUUUUUUCUUAUUUUAGUUAUAGGAUAAACGUUCGAUGAACGAAUGCAACAAGUUGUUACUUAGCGAAUUUUUUUUGAUUUUAUACAAGCUGAAUGUGUACUCUACUAUAUUGUCAAUAAACAUUGUACUUAAGAAGAA